AUGCCUCUCCGCGGACCCGUGCCAGUCAGGUUGUGCAACAAAGAGAACACCGAAAAGCUCGUCCUGGGCCCGAUGACCAUCUACAUCUAUGAGGACGGCUCGAACACGGACAACCGCAUCGGGUGCAUGACGCUGGGACUGCCGCCUGGGACGUCUGGGCCACCGAUGCACUGGCAUCGAUUCCACGAUGAAUGUUUCUUCGUGACCAAGGGGACGAUUCGCUUCAAGACGCCCGAGGGCGACCUCGACGCCAAGGAGGGAGAACUGAUGGUCGUUCCGCCGAGAGCGAUCCACACGUUUGCCAACCCGUCAGAGACGGAGCCUGCGGAGUUUUUCAUGACCUCUACCCCUGAUUUCCGCAUGAUGGGCAAGUCCAUCGAAGAGGGCAAGAAGUUGUCGCGGGAGAAUACGGCGCACUUGAUGGCACUGUUCGGGACGUUCCCGCCGGAUGUGGAGUCGGAGCCGUGA